AUGUUCCGUCGACGAUACGGUGCCGACUUUCCAAGUUUGGAAGAAAUCGCUGCUGACUCCGAUGUGGUGUUCGUGUCUACGGACGAGUUUGUUGAUUUACCUCGUCCCACGCUUCCUCAUAUAGUUCACAUUGGAGGACUGGGAGUGGGGGACGCUUCGAAGAAUGGAGGCUUAGAUGAGAACAAAUGCAAAAAGGAUUCGAAAGGAGUCAUCUACUUUUCGCUGGGAACGCUCGUCAACACUUCGUCGUUGCCUGCUUUCGCAAUGAAAGCCGUGGUGGAAGCAGCAAGACAAACUCCUGACUAUCAUUUCAUUUUGGUUGUAGACAGCAACGACAAGUUCACAAGACAACUUUCCGAUUCCCUUCCAAAUGUCUUCCUGUGCAGUUGGGCUCCACAAGCUGCACUUCUACAACAUCCCCGCUUACAAGCGUUCAUAACACAUGGCGGC